AUGACUUCUAAUACAUAUCUUCCCGUGCCAAAUCCAACAAAAUCAUUUUGGCUUAGUCUUCAGGAGUCUGAUUCCUUCUCAACAUACAAAUCAUCAGAAAGUGUACCAAAGAAAACCGAUAUUCUUAUAAUAGGUUCUGGUUAUUCAGGUGCAUCCACUGCUUAUAAUUUGUUGAAAGAAGAUCCAACGUUAGAUAUCACCAUAUUUGAAGCCAGAACUGUUUGUUCAGGUGCAACUGGAAGAAAUGGGGGACAUUUAAAACCAUAUCACCAUAGAAUGUACUACGAAUAUGAAAAGAAGCACGGUAUCAAAGUUGCUGCCCAAGUGGUGAACUCGGAAGUUGAACACCUAUAUACAAUCAAGGAUUUGAUUGAGAAAGAAAAAAUUGAUUGUGAUUUUGUUUUGACUAGAGCUUGUGACGUUUAUACAGAUGACCAAAGAUUACAAAAUGACUAUUUGUCAUAUAGAAAGCUGCUUGAAAAUCCAUUUGUCAACGACGAGGUUAAAAAGACAAUUCAAUAUCUGGAAGGUGCUGAAUGUGAAGUAUUGUCCAAAGUUCCAAAUGUUAAAGCGUGUUUCACUGCUCCUGCUGCUCACCUUUGGCCAUGGAAAUUUGUCACUGGGCUAUUGAAAAGUUGUGUUACAAAAGGUUUGAAACUUUACACUAAUACUACAGUGACAAAAGUUAGAAAAGAUGAACUAAGUGGUGAUUUUAUCGUUGAAGCAGCAACUGGCACUACCAUAUCCAAAAAGGUUGUGUUUUGUACUAAUGCUUAUACAAAAGCAAUUUUAAAAGAAUUCAAAGAUACUAUUGUUCCUUCAAGAGGUGUUGUCACGCAUAUUAAACCCAUUUCAACCCCAAUUCCACAGUUUCCAAAUACAUAUCUUUUAUUUGAAAAGUUUGAUAUGAAUAGUGAUUAUCUUAUUAACCGUGCAGAUGGAAGUGUUGUGGUUGGAGGUACAGAUAGUUUAUUCAUUGGCUUGGAUGGCAACUACACAGAUCUUUAUGAUACAGUGGAUGAUUCACAAAUACCAUAUGGUGCAGUUGAAUAUUUUUCAGGAUACAUGGAGCAAAAGUUCAGCACAUGGAAUCUUGUUGAAACGGUCAACGAUUACACAUGGUGUGGGAUUCUGGGAUUUACCAAAGAUAGCUUCCCAUUUGUUGGGGAGCUAGAUUUUUUAAAUAUGAAAAACGCUUAUAUAUCUGCUGGAUUUUCAGGGCAUGGAAUGCCUAGAGUCUUUUUGAGUGGUAAGGCUCUUGCGAGAUGCAUAUUGACUGGGAAGUCGAUUCAAGAGGUUGGUGGGAUCCCUGAGUGUUAUUAUGCGUCUGCACUGAGACUUCAAGAGAGGGGUCACUCUUAUAAGGAGGAAAUUGAAGAAUACAUUGAAAGUAUCAAAAAAUAG